AUGCUGUGGCUUCUACGUGGAGUGAGGCUGCGCUGCUGGCUUACCCUGGCCACAGGGCUGGUGGAGAGCCUGUUUUUUACUGGGGUUGUUUUUGGGUGGCCCUCCCUUGUGUUCAUCCUGAAAGCUAGUGGGUACUUCAGCGACCAGUGUGUGAAUGCCACAGGACCCAAUGGCACACAGUACAUGGACUGUAGCAAACAGAACAAGCUCUUCUCCUUGGUUUUCACCAUCACCGUCAUCUUACAGAACUUCCUCAGUCUUCUCAAUGGAUUCUUCUUUGACCGCUUCGGUACCAUGGCAUCCAGACUGCUGGCAAUAAUACUGAACACCACUGGUACCUUGUUGAUUGCUUUUUCACAUCCAGAGAUAUCCAAUAUACUGUUUCCGGGUCUGGCCUGCAUCGCAUUUGGAAGCAGCAUGUUAUUGCUCACAAAUAUGCAGGUGGGGAGCCUCUUUGACACCCAUCAUUCCACCGUCAUCACUUUGUAUACCGGAGCCUACAGCUCCUCUGCCAUCACCUUCCUCAUCAUCAAGAGAGACAACACAGAGCCUGUGCAGGGAGAGGAAGGGAUAGAGAAUGCAACAUCUGAACAAGGAAACCCCCAGCAGACCCCACAGACAGACAGUUUUAAGCAGUGUGUGCUCAGUUGGUUGUUUCUGUGGCACCUGGUGUGGGUGUCAGUCACGGCUCUGCGGCACCUCCUGUUCAUUGGCACCCUGAACCCCAUGCUGACCCUGCUGGCUCACGGAGACACAGCCCAAGUGAGCCACUACACCAACGCCUUCGCCUACACACAGUUAUGUGGGAUACUGUGCGCCAUCUGGAAUGGCCUGAUCAUUGACAGAUACAAGGGCAAGCUACGGGCCGAAGGAGAGACAGAGGAGGAGGGUAGCCUGCGCUCUGUGGUGCUCUCCCUCUUCCUCACUGCCCUGCAGUGCCUCUUAUUCUCCAUCUGCGCCACCAUACCUGUGCUCCCGCUGCAGUACCUGACUUUUGUCCUGCAAGUGGUCAACCGUGCCUUCUCGUUUGGAGGGAAUGCAGCCUUCAUCAGCAUUGCUUUUACAGUCUGUCACUUUGGUAAGCUAAUCGGUGUGGUUAACGCUGUAGUGUCUGCGGUGUUGCUCCUGCAAUUCCCCUGCAUCAUCCUGGUGAAUGAGGUGUUGAAUGGAGACCCCUUAUACAGAAAUCCUAAUUUAAGAUUACUCUCAUUAUUGGCCUAA